UUUCUUGUUGAAGAUGCUGAAUCAGAAAGAAGACUUUUUUUAAUUGUGUUUGUCUAUAGCUGUGGAAGGUUUUUAGUAUUUACUAUUGGAAAUAUUCCUCUCUCUCUCUCUCUCUCUCUCUCUCUACCUUCCUUAUUCCCCUCUCUCUCUACCUACCUCAAUGGCAAGAGGAUUGACGUUCACUGCUGUAGGACUCAUUGUCCUCAUUGCUCUUGUAUUAGUCCAUCCAACUUGCUGUGCUACUAGUACCUGCUCCGCUUCUUCUUGUGGGAAUAUCCACAACAUAAGCUUUCCUUUUCGAUUGUCGACCGACCCAGAAAACUGCGGGGACCCAUGGUAUGAAUAUGAACUUUCGUGUGAGAACAAUCGUACGGUUCUAUAUAAAUUUGGAGGAAAAUACUACGUACAGGAAAUCAGUUACAACAACUACACAAUCCGGAUCGUGGACUCAGGUAUACAGAAGAACAAUUACUUCUCCACUCCCAACUAUUCUUUGUAUCGAUACAAAUUUAGUUCGCAAUAUUCUGUAUCUGCCACGUAUCAGCGAAAGGGGACGGUGCCGGAGCGGUAUCCCGAACUAUCACGGAGUUUGGUUUGGAUGAGCAGUGAAAAACCAGUGAAUUCUCCAUUGUAUUUGGACACUUCUACUUGCAAUUAUAAUGACAACUCUUCUUCUAUAUCUGAUUCCAAGAGGUAUAGAUAUGUUACAGUUGGUAUAACCAACGCAUCCCAAGUGGAGGACUCGUGCCAAGUAGAGAAGAUGUUUCUGACUUCCUGGCCAAUAAAUAAUGAUGACCCAAAUAUCUCCUGUACAGACGUCCUCAAUGAAUUGGCAUAUGGUUUUGAGCUUUCAUGGCUCGGAAGUGGUUGCUACCUCGAUGACGCGAACCAUGUUCGAUGCGACGACAGUACUGGAGUGCUUGACCUGAUCCUAGGUAUACUCAGAGGUUUGGGAUAUGUAUUUGCUGAAAGUGCACACUGGUGGGACGCAAUAUCAGGGGUCUCUCUUGAUUCUUUAAUAUUUCACCUUGAAACAAAGAUUGUCUUGGGGAUUCCAUGCAUGGUGGCGUUUUUGAUAUAUAAGUGGCGUAAGAGACAUUUAUCAAUGUAUGAUGCUAUUGAAGAAUUUCUGCAAAGCCAAAUUAACCUCAUGCCAAUUAGGUACUCUUACUCAGAAAUUAGGAAGAUGUCCAAAGGUUUUAAGGAUAGAUUGGGUGAAGGAGGCUAUGGCAUUGUAUAUAAAGGAAAGCUUCAAAGUGGUCCUCUUGUUGCUAUAAAGAUGUUGGGUAACUCCAAAGCUAACGGGCAAGACUUUAUCAACGAAGUUGCAACAAUUGGAAGGAUUUACCACGUGAAUGUGGUGCAACUCAUUGGUUUCUGUGCUGAGGGGUCAAAGCGUGCCCUUAUAUAUGAAUACAUGUCUAAUGGUUCUCUUGAAAAAUACAUUUUUUCUCGAGAAGAAAGUAUUCUCUUAAGUAUUGAGAAAACAUAUGAGAUUUCUCUUGGAGUAGCUCGUGGGAUUGAAUAUCUACAUCGAGGAUGUGAAAUGCAAAUUCUGCAUUUUGAUAUCAAGCCUCAUAACAUUCUUCUCGAUGAGAACUUCAUUCCCAAAGUUUCUGAUUUUGGGCUUGCAAAACUUUAUCCGGCGAAUAAUAGCAUAGUGUCUUUGACUGCUGCAAGGGGAACACUAGGAUAUAUAGCUCCAGAGUUGUUUUAUAAAAACAUUGGAGGGGUCUCUUAUAAAGCUGAUGUUUAUAGUUUUGGCAUGUUAUUGUUGGAAAUGGCAAGUAGAAGAAAGAACAUGAAUGCAUUUGCAGACCAUUCAAGCCAAAUUUACUUCCCAACUUGGGUCUAUGACCAAUUUAGCAAAGGAAAGGACAUUGAAAUAGAAGAUGCCACAGAGGAAGAGAAGAAAAUUGCUAAGAAAAUGAUCAUAGUCGCAUUAUGGUGCAUACAGAUGAAGCCUAGUGACCGUCCUUCAAUGAACAAAGUUGUAGAAAUGCUUGAAGGAGAAGUUGAAUGCUCACAACAAAUGCCUUCCAAACCUUUCCUAUCAUCAUCACCAGGGAGAUCGACAGGGGAUGUAGGAGACAACUUAAAUUCAACUAGUUCAUCAUUUCAAUCAGGUGAAUCAAGUCAAUCGGCUAAACUUUAAAUGCAAGGGAAAGCUAACACCACUGCGGAAAUGGGGCAAUUAUUCUUCACGUAUUUGAUGGCAUAAAGACACUUCAUUUUUUUGUGUGACAAAUAAUUGGUCCCUUGAUUUAUGAUAGCUAUCCUUACCUACAACAAAUUUAUUUUUUUGCUUAGUACGUGGCAUAUUUCUUUGUUAAAGUCUUUUUAAGAGGAAACAAAAUUUGUAACUUUAUAAUUGUGAAUGUGUAAUUGAUUAAGUUAACAAACAAUGUUGAAAAACUGGGCAACGUAUAUUGGAGUGGCAAUAGCUCAGUUGUAGAAAUUGCUAUACUCCUAUUUAUAUAUUCAGUUUUCUUCUCUUCCCCUCUCAUCAUUUUCAUAUCUAUGAGAAGGGAUUUUUAGUUUCACUUUCUUCA